GGUCUACAAUCCGAAUUAGGGAGGCACAUUAGUGUGUUUUACACAUUAAAUACUUCCUUACACACAAAUACACCUCUACCUGGGUCAAAUGUAUGAAUUUCAAAAAGAAAAAAAACUCAUGGUGUACCCUCAGAUAAGCGUGCUAUCAUUUGGCUGCUAAGUUAAGCACCCAUUACCGAGAGAGCAGCUGCAGUUUUUUCCAAAUAAAUCAAGAUUGAUAAGGAUCCUUGAGAUAAGAACUAAAUAAUAGAGGUUGAAUUGCUUGUCUUGGAUACUUGAAGUGUUCUCUGGAUUAUAAAAGUCACAAAGAUGAGGCAGAUCCUUCUGAAAUCCUUUCAAGAGAAAGCUGAGGCCACAAUAACUACAGGUAAAGUAUGCAAGAUUAAGUAUUUAGUUCACCCGGUGAACGGCAAAACUUGUAGCAAACAGACUGCUGUUUUAUUGUUUGUUUUAUAAAAUGCUUGCAGCUGCUCAUAAAAUGCUAAAUGUGAUUUGUCAAUGUAGGACAAGAUGAAUUGGAUCUUUCUUGGUGUUCUGUUAACCUUGGGCGGGUGCGCUGCAAGCACAUCUAUCUCCUGUCAGAACGAGCAUGGACAGGCUGUUGACUGGUACAUCCUAUACAAGCAACCCUCCAUCGAUGAUCAGAAUGGACUGCGCUAUCUCUACAUGGACGAGAGCACAAGUGGCUGGGUGCAAGGCCAGUACACCAUUGACGAUAAACAGAGUGCUGUGGGUCAAACACUAAAGCCUUUAUUUGAUCACUAUGCAACAGAGACUGACACUUUUGGAUACAUCCUGUACAACGAUCAACCACCACCACCUUACAGAACCGGCUCCUCUUCCUAUGGUCACAGUAAAGGUAAGAACCCUUACAGAACCGGCUCCUCUUCCUAUGGUCACAGUAAAGGUAAGAACCCUUACAGAACCGGCUCCUCUUCCUAUGGACACAGUAAAGGUAAGAAACUCACAUGCAGAGAACAGGCUCCAAGUGCUCAGCUGGUCGAGCAAGACGCAAGUGUUGUUCUGAUGAGCCAAAGUACUGGCAUUUGGUUGUCACACAGCACCCCAGACUUCCCCGGGUUUGACAUAGACUCCUUCUGGCCAAAAAGUGGCUACCACAAUGGACAAACCUUUAUCUGUGGAACAUACAAGUACACUGCUUUCAGGGACAUUGCUAUCCAACUCCAGUACAUUCAUGUCAAUGCUUUUAACUCCCACAUCCCCACCUCGUUUUUCCCGGAGCUUCAGUGUGUGGCAAGAAAGGGUUGCUUUCCUAAAGAGGCACCGUGGUAUCGCCAACUGGACAUGACAACACUGUCAGGACACAAGUUUGUCAGCUAUGCCAAAUAUGGCAGAGCCCAUGACGAUCUGUACUCUGAUGUGCUUGAUAAGUACUUGGGAAGUGAAUUCUAUGCCAAGGGCUGGGGCAGACUGCGUCGUCCACUGCCGUCCAACUGUUCCGUGCCAAACUACGUGUAUAACGUGGAGUCUGUGCAGCUUCCCACAACAGAGCCCUUCAGCGUAACCGUGGACCAUUCUAAGUGGUGUGUGACGGUGGAUAAAUCCCCCAGACCAUGGACGUGCAUCGCAGAUAUGAACAGGGAAGUUAGCCAGGAGAGCAGAGGCGGAGGGGCGGUAUGCACGGAUAAUGCUGCUGUGUGGAAGGCCUUUUCAAGUGUUGUGUUCACCUACGAGCCAUGCCCUGGGGCUAACUGAUAACUGUAACAUGUAGCUCAGCAUGUAGGCAGUUUUUAAGGGUGUGUUGGGUGUUGAGAAUAAAAUAUAACUAUUUUCAAAUCCUAAA